UUUGUAAAUGAACCAUCUGUCAAAAUCAAAGGUCAUUUCAUUACACUUUAUCCAUUUUGUAAUAAAUUGAAAAAACUAUUAUUAGAUAAUUCAUCAAAAAUGUUUGCUCGAACGGCUACAGUUUUAAGAUCAGCCGUCACCGGUAUUCGCCGGGUACAUACUUUACCCGAACUUCCAUACAAAUAUGAAGCAUUGGAACCGAUUAUUAGUCGUGAUAUAAUGGCAAUACAUUAUGAAAAACAUCACGCUACAUAUGUUGCAAAUUUAAAUAAAAUCGAAGAGGAGCUCAGAUCUUGUUUAGAAAAAAAUAAUAUCGAACAAGUGAUUGCAUUAUCAAAUGCAUUAAAAUUUAAUGGCGGUGGACAUUUGAAUCAUUCAAUAUUCUGGCAAAAUCUAUCACCAUGUGGCGGUGAACCUUCUGAACCUUUAAAAAAAGCUAUCGAUCAUGCAUUUUCUAGUGUGGAUGAAUUUAAAAAUAGAUUAGCAGCUGCAGCGAUUGGAGUACAAGGAUCUGGUUGGGCAUGGCUUGGUUGGGAUCAAAAAGAUAAAAUAUUAAAAAUUGCAACAUGUGCUAAUCAAGAUCCAUUACAGGGAACUACAGGUUUGAUCCCAAUUUUUGGUAUUGAUGUUUGGGAGCAUGCAUAUUAUCUACAAUAUAAAAAUGUUCGUGCUGAUUAUGUAAAAGCUAUUUUUGAAAUUGCUAAUUGGAAAGAUAUGAAUAAACGAUUCAACAAAGUAUCGAAAUAAAUCUUUGUUAAAUCGUAAAAACUUGAAUGUUUUUUUUAUUGUUAUUUUUAAAGUGUAAAGUUGUU